AUGAUAGGAACACUGAAUGAGAAAGUUUUUCCCGUUUUCCUUGCCCCAACACAGCUGGAGUCGACGCAUUCGAUCAGUCACCGGCUUGGACGGAAGGUCUCCUAUGCACCACGUUUCUCCGAGGGAGCAGCUCUGACAACCGUGGCGAAUCGACUGGGUGUAGAGACUAUUGGCUCAGUAUUCUCCAACACGUUGCAGACGGAUAGAGCCGCAACUACGAUCAAAUCAUACAAAGCUGAACUACAAAGAUUCAUCGCUUGGAAGGAAAGCACAAGGAUUUCACCACUGCCCCUCCCAAAAGCUAGGAAUCUUUACUUGGCAAAAUGCGCUUUCGAAGGAAGGAACAAGUUCUUGCCGACACUCGCCGCUUCACUCAACUAUUUUUGCGGAUCCUUGUCGGGAGCAGACAUAGAAAUUCAACGUUCCAUCUUAGAAGCGGAGCGCGGAACAGCCCCGGAGGUGAAGCAUCGAACCAAAAUAGAUCAGAAAUCUAUGCGAACUUUGGUUCUUGAAGGCCUUUCGUCGAGAGAUGCUAAGGUAACUCAAGCGGCAACAUUAGCACUGCUUCAGUUCAAAGCUUUGCAAUUAGUGAGGCACAACUUCUCCGCGUAA